GUUCAAAAUUUGUAAUAAUUUAUGCCACCGUGAUAUCUCCGUCGUAUCUUCGAAAUCAGUAGGAAUUAUUAUUUUAAAUGAAAUUAAAAAGGGGAUAAAUUCCAACCGCUCGGAGCGAUAUUUCAAAGUCUUAACACGAAUGCACAACGACCCUUUCCUUCAGUUCGACUUCAAUGGCGAAAACCGAGAAGAGAGCCAGAGAAAGAACCGUGUCAUCUUCGUAUUUUCUAGGAUGUUUUGGACUCUCCCGGAAAAUAUACUCCGACAAGGCUAAGGUUGCGGCGGAAGUGGGUUGCGAGAUGAAGAAGAAAAAGAAGCGAAGUCGGUGGCUUCUAUGUUCUAAGUUUCGCUCUAAGAACAGAGAGAUCAAACCGGCGCCGAUCGAGAAAACGGAGAUAACUACUCCAAGUGUAGAAGAUGAAACUGAUAAGAAGAAGCCCGUUUCACUGAUAAGUCGUAUCACUACUGAUCGUACGCAUGUUCUGGCUGAUGAUAAAGCCGUGAAUCAGGAAACCAAAGAGACAAAACCGAAGGAGUUACGAGACGUAACCACCGACCGAUCAAAACCCAUUGAACCGUUGGCUUCCUCUAGAGAAGACACGCGUCCUGAACGAAUAUCCAACAUGAAACCGUCUCGGGAAAAAACCGGUUCACGGGUCAGAAAGUUUGACCCGGUUAUUGGAAUUUCGGUCAUUAUAUUGACGCUGGUGAUCAUGUUAGUUUGGGGUCGACUCUUUGCGAUUCUCUGCACAUCCGCUUGGUGUUAUUCUCUACCUCGUCUCAGAAACGUGGCCGCGUUGGUUAAACGCAGCGCUAGCGACGGUUCUGCACGUUUGAAUUCUUAGUCGUAUAUAAAAGAAAAGUCGUUUCGGACGUGUUUCUUGGACGGCAAAAUCCCGUUUCGUUGUAGUGACGAUCGAUCUCUUUUUUUAUUCGUUGUUUUCUAUAUAUUAUAAUUGUGUCAUCACUUUUUUUUAAGCGCUGGACCAUUGUCUCCGUUUUCGGUUGUGAAUGGAUACAUC